GUAAACAACAGUGCCAUGAAAGGUAACUAAUUCGUUCUUAAAAGAAGAAAAACCUGUAUUGAAUUAGCUCAGCGGAGUAUAAAAUUACGCUUUGCGUAUGACUCACCACCACUUAGCUGUAGUUUUGUAAUGGGCUUGAUGAUUUUGCGUUUUGAUUUAUAAAAUAUGAAGAGUGUAAUCGAUUUUACCGUAUCGUUAACGGUUUUCAAUAGCUGUGCAGUUUUUUCACCAGCAGGGAGUGUGGCUUGCUUCUAGCUGCUACAGUUGGUUCAUAUUAUCUCAUGUGGAAGGGAACAUUUUCAAUCCGUGCCCAAGAGACAGAUUAUGUUACCUUUCUGAUCCGAACUGUUGACAUUCUCCAGCGCUGUGGAUGCAGUGACAAAAUUCGCUUCACUCUGUGCAACGCUACAGAUGCACUGUCGUCAAAUAAUCGUCUUGCAGCCCUCUUUUUAAAAAAAAAAUCAGACUGGCUGCAAGAAAGAUAGCUUUCUUCAAACCCACGUUUCCGCGGUUUUGUUCUGGUUUGACGAGAUUAGCAACAUGACAGAUUGCCUGAUGUCCCGUUAAUUGAAUAUACAUCAUUAAUCAAAUGCUAGAGAGGAUGACGUACUUGGAUGGCUCUCAUCUGAGGUUUGUAAGUAGGCGAUUCCAACUUCCAACGGAAAUACCGAGAACAUCGAUGCAAGUUGGGGUCGCGUUUAGACAUGUCUUAAACGAGCGAGAAGUGUGUUGGUUAAACUCGAUUUAGUGUGAAAUACUCAAAAGCAUGGGGACGGAAUCGAGAAGCCUGUGUUCUGCUCAGUCAAGCGCUUCGGAAGAUCAGGAGAUGGUGGUGAACAUUGGCGGCGUGCGGCACGUUCUGUACGGGGAUGUUUUGAACCGAUACCCAGAGAGCAGGCUGGCGAAACUGCUCAAUUGCAGCGGCUACGAAGCGAUCUUCGCCCUUUGCGAUGACUACGAUCCGAGCAAAGGAGAGUUUUACUUCGACCGAGACCCGGACUCUUUCAAAUGUGUCAUGGACGCUUAUUAUUUCGGGGAAAUCCACAUGAAAAAGGGAGUUUGCCCCAUUUGUUUCAAAAAUGAGCUGGACUUCUGGAAGAUCGAAGUGGACUUUUUGGACGAAUGUUGCAAAUGCCUCUUAGGCGAGAAAAACGAAGAGCUGGAAGAAAUCGCGAAACAAGUGCAGCUUAUUUUGGCCGACCGGGGCAAAUCGGCUGAUAGUUGCUGGGGGAAAUCUCAGAAAUUCCUCUGGAAACUGAUGGAAAAACCUGACUCGUCCUGUCUGGCCAGAGUGAUUGCAGUUUUAUCUUUUCUGUUCAUCUUAAUUUCCUCCGUGGUGAUGUGCAUUAGCACUAUCCCUGAUCUACAAGUAACUGAUGAGGAAGGGAGUCCGGUGGAGCAUCCAAUUCUCGAUUGCAUUGAGACGGCUUGUAUCGGUUGGUUUACAGCCGAGUAUAUAAUGAGGCUGAUGGCAGCCCCCAACAAACUCAAAUUUGUCCUGUCUUUCAUGAACAUUAUCGACGUGCUAACGAUUCUGCCUUUCUAUGUGAGCCUGAUCUUGACCACAGUAGGGGCAUCUCUCAUGGAGCUGACUAAUGUACAGCAGGCGAUCCAGGCCCUUCGGAUCAUGCGGAUAGUGCGGAUUUUUAAACUUGCGCGCCACUCCAGCGGUCUCCAAACACUCACGUACGCACUGAAGAGAAGCUUCAAAGAACUGGGUUUAUUGCUCAUGUACUUGGCGGUUGGUAUUUUCGUUUUUUCCGCUUUGGGCUUCACCAUGGAACAGAGCCAUCCCGAAACCCUCUUCAAAAGUAUUCCCCAGUCCUUUUGGUGGGCAAUAAUCACCAUGACCACUGUUGGAUACGGGGAUAUUUACCCAAAGACAACUUUGGGGAAACUCAAUGCGGCGAUUAGCUUUCUCUGCGGUAUAAUAGCCAUCGCAUUGCCAAUCCACCCUAUUAUAAACAAUUUUGUACGCUACUACAACAAACAAAAGGUCUUGGAAACGGCUGCAAAACACGAACUUGAACUAAUGGAGUUGAAUGCUAAGAAUGAAGAGAGUGGACUUUCUGGAAAGGAACAUGUAGACAUUGUGGUCACUAAAACCAAUAGCAGUAGCAACCUAUCGCUGAGUAACAGUCUGUUAAAUUCUUACAAUGACACUUUCAUACCACUUUUAUCGGAGGAAAAAAUGCAUCGAAAUCGGCUUCAAAGCUGCAAGUAAAAUAACUAAGCUAAUAUAGUAAAUUUGGACACGUGCGGUCUAUUAUAUGCAUCAGAAUGUAGAAUUUCGAUCGUCUUAGGCCUUGUCAAGUAUGGACCCAUCAGACAUUUAUAACAAUGCAUGCUGAUACAAAGAUCACUAUGAAUGAACAUCAGAUACUGUCAAUGUUAUAAACAGUCAUAAUAAACUACUUAUGUAAUCAUUUGGCAUCGAGGAUUAUAAUUCAACUUUUAGCUUUUUACAAAGGAAAUCUCAUUAGCACCAAAUACAGUUGAAAAUUUUCCAUUGGGCAUUUUGUUAGCUUUUAGUUAUAAUUAAGUGGAUAGAGACCUAUAAAUUUGAGUUGUUCCAUAAAGUUACACAGGAUGAUAUUCUCCAGACAAAAAAUAACACCAUGAUGAAUGUAAGGAGUGGUUAGCACAUUUUAACGUCAUUACUUAUAUUUGCAGACUGUGAAAUUAUAUUACAUGUAUGGUAUUGCAAUAAAGUAUAAAUUCCAAAUGUAUCAUGAGCUUUGUGGGACCCAGCAUAAGAGCUUUGUGAUAAAUGUUGAUCAUUGUCAAGUGAUAAUUGUAAGGAAUAAUUGCCAAUCGAUGCCUGUAUAUCAUUGACAAAGAAAUGAGCAUGUUUCAAACUGUAAAAAACUCCAAAUUUUGAAACUAAACUACAGUAGGAAAAUGGUGUAGAAAUCAACAUCUGUGAAGGGAAAAGGCAAGUUAUAGACAUUGUGUCAAUGCUGAAUCAAAAGUUCAUUUUAAAAAUAUAUAAAAUGUUUAUAAAUAAUUAUUUGGAAGCUUUUAAUAUUAUUUUAAUGCCUGGAAUCAUAAAAUAAAAUAGAAGUGCUUGAUAUUCAUGCAAUGAACUUGUAGUUUAGACACUUUAUCCAUUUGAAUAUACAAUUUAUUUAAGAAAACCAACUAAUAAAUAUUCAGAAUCAAUAUUGGUGGAGGGUUCAGCACAAUAUAUGGCACAGACUGCAAUUAUUUCAGCAUGCAAUGUUUGAAUAAUGAAAAUGCUGUUAGCCAAAUAAUGCAAAAUGCGUGUGCAGAUCACUUCCAGUUUUAUACAAGUAAAAUGUUGGCAAAUUUAUUUAUGUUUAAAAUUAUUUUUAGAAUAAUUUUUUUUAAUAUUUAUUGGUAUUAAUAAUAUUCUUGAUAUUCUUUGUUAACUGCUAAUUGAAUUAAUGCUCCAAAAUCCAGGCACAUGUUAUUUUGGAAUGGCAGUUUCCCAUAAUGUCCAGUUCCUAUUUAGAAAUGUCCAUAGUGCAAUAUUUACAUUAUCUCUCUGCUGAUCUUGUCACAGUGUCAGUCUUUAUUGGCUAUACGUGUAUUACUGCUUUCUGUUUGAUUUAGUUGACUUUAUAGUAUGUGCAUUUUCAAGUGUGCUUUUGAAUAGUUAAAAAUGUCACUGCUACUUGCAACUUGCACACAUUAUGCUAGUGCUAAUUGGAGAAUACAGGCCAAAUGUAACAGAUGUG